AUGCUUACAGAUAAUACCGGCCUGGAUGAACUUGAUCUGGAGGAAGAGGGCGAAGGAACUAAAUUAGACACUCCGGGCUGUAUUAAUCCGGAUCCGGAUGAUGCUGCCGACGAAGAAGAUGUUGAAGAUAUAGAUAAAGUUGUACUUCUAGUCGGUACGAGAAGUGAUUGUCCUGGUGGUGGUAAAAGCUCAGAUUGUGUCGCGCUCGAGGUGGUCCCCGAAGUCUCAGAGAGGGCAGGCUCGAGGUCCGUGCCAGGUGGUGGUGGUAUAGCCCCAGGCUGUGUCGAGCUUGUUGAAGACGCCGCACUCUCUUCGAUUGAAACCGAAGGUGUCGGUUUUGCCGAAGUCUCAAGCGUAACCUGGGGGAUACCUGAUGAUUCAUCUCCAGAGGGUGUCGGUUUUGCAGACGUCUCAAGCGUGACCUGGGGGGUACUUGAUGAUUCAUUUCCAAAGGUUGAGCUUGUCGGCUCUUCUGCAGGCUGUUCAACUGCAGACGAAGAUUCGAUAGGGUUUGGCUGGAACGAAAUUGAAAAGUCAUUGAAGGUGGUGCUGGACGAGGUUGUUGAUGAGGUUCGCGUAGAGCUCGACGAGACAGAAGUGCUAAGGACAAAGUCCUCCAACGUGGAUGACGUAGAGCUCGACGAGGUGGAUGUGCCACUUGGAGCUUGA